AUGGCCACUUUUAUCGAUUAUAAUGUGUCCACUUUCAGAGAUAAUUCCAAGCCGAACAAAAGACGACUUCAGGAAUUACAACAUACCGAAGCCAGGGCCCAUGCUGCCCGUGUUGCAUAUUGGCGGAAACGGAGACCUGGAGCUGGCCACCGCCCAAAGGAUAAAGUCCGCCCUAUCCAAGACCAGACUGAUUCAAGCCUGGAUGACAUCUCAGUCCCAACUCCGACCGACCAACAUGACUCCCCAUCAGACUCGAGGAGAAUCAGUCUCGAGGUCUCAUCUGACUUUAGCUCAGGUCAAAAGUCCUGCCAAGAGCUCAAUACUCCCGGGUUGAUGGGGAUGAAAGCAUCUACUGAUGCUCUUGCUUCUAAAGGCCUUGCACACUUCCAGUCAUCCAAGUAUUAUGAAUUGGCAGAUACGCCUGGUCAUAAAUUUGGAGAUCUGAAUGCGUUUAUUCGGCUUACCAGUCAUCCAAAAUCUCUUCUCUUCGACCCUUUCGACACCCUUCCUUCCCGCCAAGGUGAAGAGGUUGUUACAGCAAUGAAUCAUUUCAUUCAUCACUGGGCGCCUUCGCAGAAGCCUGGGUUAAAGUUCCAAACAAAAGACAAUCCAUUGAUAAGAGAUGUUUUCCCUGCAGCAUUACAGAAUGUGGAGCUUUUCGAAGCCUGUGUUGCUUUAUGUUUGAGUUUUAGAGCAGCCGGCUCGAAUUUCACCACAUAUCUAUGCAAUGCCUCCAUUCACCACAAAUGUGAAGCGCUAGCAGGCAUCAGACGGCGGCUCAUCUCAGGACAUGUGGACGAGGCUGUCAUCUUUGCCACAGUACUUCUCAUGAUCACCGAUAAUGUCUUUUUGGAUGUCGAUGCGUACAAGGCGCAUCUGGAAGGUCUUCGCAAAAUGCUGAGUGCAAGCGGAGAUGGCGUUUUUGCAGCAUAUGGUGGCUCAUUAAAGUCUUUCGUCUCAUGGGCGGAAUCGAAUGGUUUAGUAUUGUUUGGGAAUACCAAUCAAUCCCCCUCUUCUACCCAGACAAGCCUCAAAUUGGAGUAUCCUUCUCAACCCUUCUCAGGUUCUUUGGAGAAAACUCUGGCGAAUCUCACUCCUGGCUUUCAACACAUGGCAUCGGAAGGACAUCUCUCCACCCAUGUUUUGACAAUUCUUGAGAAUACAAUCCGGUGGACACGAUGCAUAGGACCCGACUCCGCAAAGACAGUCUCGGAUGACGAUCAAGCAUUCCUGAUAGACUUCGACCCCAGAGCAAAUGCUGCUAUGGUAAUGGAAUUGUGCCGAACUGUGGAUCACCAAUAUCACAUGGAAAGGGCGCUUUGCAAAGCACUAUUCAUAUAUCAUGCCAACAUUCUGCACUGGACUUGCCGAUGCUCUGGUUACAAACGAGUUGUGAAAGAGCUUGCAGAUACUGUUCUGUCUGCCGAUCCCAAAAAGCAGUGGGAGAUAGAUUUCUGGUCAUGGAUGUCUCUCCUUAUCACAAAUUCGGCUAGAAGAGGCUCCUUGCCACAGCUCCAAGCAGAGCUCAUGGCUAAGUUCUUUAGCUGGUCCGGUCGCGGCCAGGAUUGGGAUGAAGUGACAGAGACACUUGGAGCAUUCCUGUAUCACAGCGGCUUGGGCGGUGAAUGGAGACUCUGCUGGGCCGCAGGCCUUAGCCAUAUUGUUCUCUGA